AUGGCGUCCAAGGCGCUCCUCGUGUUAGAGCUCCUGCUCGCCGCCACUUUCCUCGUCGCCUCCGCUAACGAGCAAGCCCGGGCGACCAAAGAGGAGAAGAAGGCGGAGGUCCAGGACUGGCGCGGCGGUGGCGGCUACCCGGGUGGCGGCGGCGGCUGGCACGGCGGGGGAGGCUACCCUGGUGGCCACUGCCGAUGGGGUUGCUGCAACCGCGGGUACCAUGGCGGUUGCCGGUGCUGCUCACACCCCGACCAGACACCGGAGCCCAUGUACUGCCCUGAGCUCGUCGAGGUCCACAACUGA